AUGCCUAGAACAAAUUGUGCAAGUGAUUCAGAUCAUAGGCAGAACCGACAACUGCACAAAAUUUUCUAUUGGCAAAGGAUCAUGGUCUUCUCAACUACCUUUCUUCAUGAAGGUGGCCAAUUUUUUUCUAGGAAAAGGGCAAGAGUAUCAGAUCUUGGACAUCAAGAUAUUGAUUUACAUGCAGAUGCAGGAAUUUCCGAUGAUUUUUCCUUAUCCUCAGAUCAAAAUAUAGAAAGGUGCAGGAGUACCGGUGAUGUUCCUUCUUCCAGUAACACUGAUGAUAAAGCUGAUCCAGAUUCUGGAACAGAGAUGAGCUGUCCAUCAAAUGUUAAUAGUGGAUAUGUUCCUGUGUGUUCUACCACAGGGAAUAUAUCACACCUGGACCAGAGUUUCUGUGGCUAUGUGCAACAGCCUGCUUUAGUGAGUGGAUGGAUGUAUGUGAAUGAAAAUGGGCAAAUGUGUGGUCCCUAUAUCAAGGAGCAGUUAUAUGAGGGCCUAACUACUGGUUUUUUGCCAUCUGAGCUUCCUGUGUAUCCAGUGAUUAAUGGCACAAUAAUGAACCCUGUACCACUGAAUUACUUCAAGCAGUUCCCUGAUCAUGUUUCCACGGGGUUUGCAUAUCUGAUUAUGGGUAUCUCAGGCACAAGGAUGCCUACAAUGGUGGAAUAUGAACAUGAUAAGUCUUUUGAACUUGCUACUCCUCUGGCUGGUAACCCUGAUUCACAGUCUGUUUGGCAGUCGCAUGCCAAUUACUGCAUUAAGGAAUCCAAUCACUUAAAUCCACACUCAGAAGCAUUUAACAGUUUAAUAUCUUGUCAGAUGUUUCAGUUACGUGAAGAAUGCUGUUGGCUUUAUGAGGAUGAGAAGGGUAUUAAACGUGGGCCACAUUCUAUCAACGAAUUGAUUUCCUGGCACAGUCAUAGAUAUCUUAAAGAUUCAACGUUGAUCUUUCAUGCUGAUAAGAAGUAUGACACCUUUGUGCUAUUGUCUGUUAUCAAUGCAUUAAAAGGAGAUACCUCUGCAACCAUUUGUAGACCAGGUUCUACAAGUAAUGAGGUUGGUGAUAUGGUAGACAUAAUUAGUGAAAUAUCUGAGAACAUUUCUUCGCAAUUGCAUAUGAGUAUCAUGAAAGCUGGACGCAGAGUUGUGCUAGAUGGAAUUAUUGGUGACAUCAUUGCAGAAUAUGUUACGGAAAAGAAAUGCAAGAGGCAGAAGCUUGAAUCAGCUGCCCAUACUCCUGAAAACAAGAUGUCUAAGUUUUCUGUGGAGGUCAGUAAAGGUUCUGCUACUUCCCAUAUUCUGGAUGAUCAGGCUUGUCAUGAAAGUUCGAGACUGCCCUUGGCCAGUUUUAAAUCAGUUGGAAGUGUUGAAAAUUUUUGGUGGUCAUAUGCUGCUGUUCGCAAGGUACUUCUUGAUUAUUGCUUGCAAGUCAUGUGGAAUGCAGUGUUUUUUGACACAAUAGCAGAUUGCUUAUCUUCUUGGAGGAAGAGGAAGAUUUGGUUUCAUCCCAAGCCUCAACCAUCUGCGAAUGGAUGCAAAUACCAUGCUGAAAAGAUUGAAUCAGAAGCUUUGGUUCUCAAGCCAGAUUCCUCUGAAAGCAAUGCUCAUGGCUAUAAUCAGUUUGGAGUACUGGCAACAGAAAGAAAUUAUCCUCAGUUAUUUUCAUCUCCUAGUAGGUUCAAAGGGGGAAACUCACUGAAAGAAGAAAAUGAUUCUUCCCCUUACCAUAACUCUAAAGAUUUGACAUUCAUUCUUGAAAGUGUGGAGAAUGAGCUUCACUUAUCUUCAAAGGCAUCUUUAUCUGAUUUCAUACGACAUUUUGUUGAGAAGGAAAUCAACAAAAUAGUUUCUUUCCCAGAAGAAAACAAAUCAGAUGAGGUUGCUGUUAGUGACACUUGUUUUUCAGAUAUACUUGCUGGUAAAAUGUCUGUGAAUGAAACUCUAAACAACAGGUCAUUGGAUUUGGUUGAAGCAGGAAAUUCAUUUGGCAAGUCUGCAUCUGGAAACCUUAUGUCAAAUAUGUUUUCAAGAGCAUUUAAGGAGUUGUGUGGAUAUGUAGAUGAUGUGGUUGAAGAUGAGAUUGAUAACCUACCACCUGGACUUGAAGAGAAGUCUCAACCAGUUGUCCUACACUACAAUUCGAAAUUUCGGCCUUCAAGGUCGGCGGAAUGUAAUCCUAAGAUUACAGAAUAUGUUACUACUGCACUGUGCCGACAGAAACUGCAUGAUGAAGUUCUUGAAGAGUGGAAGUCAAUGUUUCUUGACUCUGUACUCGAUGAAGUUUUUGUAUCAUCAAGUACCAUGAAGAAACAUUUUAAGUUUGAUGGUCAGGAAAAAGGAAAAAUAAUCAAAGCUAUCAAUGAACAUUUGAAUGGUGCUACUUCUGGACUGGGAAGAGUGAAGGAAGGAACAAAGAGUUCUUCUGAAGUUCGUCCGGUGAUUAGAAAGAACACCUAUUGCCGCAAGAAGCUGUCACAGAAGGAGUUAGUUUCGUUACAAGCUGUAGCAAAAAAUGAUUCUAGGCCAGGGAAGAAACAGGUGGCCAAGUUAAGGAAACUUGUUUGUGGAGAUGUUGAAGAGGCUGUUGAGGUUGAAAUAGAUUCUGUUAAACAUGGAAAGAUAAGGAGGGUUAAAGGGAAGAAGGAUCCAUCUUCUAAGGGCAAGUCUUCUGUCAUUGUUAAUGGUAGCUCACGCAGUGAUCAACCAUCUUUAAAGAAUAAAGCUGGUCAGAAAGUGUUGAAGUUUGCAGAGAAUGUUAAGGAUGUUGUGAAAUCCACCGGAAAGAAACUUUCAGUGUCAACUGAUAUUAGUGUUGGCAUGAAGAAGAUUGUCAAAAGUGAUGACACUGUAAAAGAGAAAACCUCAGGUCAUUGCUCUAGAGAGAUUCAAAGUGUAACAAAGAAAGUAUCAAAAUCAAAAAGGAAACAUCAAAUGAAUGGUACAACAUCUUCACCUCCCACAAAGAUUUUGAAAAUUUCAAAUUGCGGUGAUGUGGUAGCCAGUAAACAAUUUACUGUGGAACGGAUGAAGUCUGCUAAAUCCAAGCCAUUGAAUUUAUAUCCUAAAUCUGAUGGAUGUGCUAGAAUUUCUAUUGAUGGUUGGGAAUGGCAUAAAUGGUCUAGAAGUGCCAGUCCUGCAUCUAAAGCACAUCUUAGGGGUCUUCCGUGUUUCCAGAACAAGUACAUAUAUCCUGAAAAUAAUCUAUCUCAGUUGCCAAAUGGUAAGGGUCUUUCUGCAAGAACAAAUAGAGUGAAAUUGCGUAACCUUCUUGCUGCUGCAGAGGGUGCGGAUCUCCUUAAAGUGCCUCAAUUGAAGGCACGGAAGAAAAGAUUACUUUUUCAAAGGAGCAAGAUCCAUGACUGGGGUCUUGUUGCGUUGGAGCCAAUUGAGGCAGAGGAUUUUGUGAUUGAAUAUAUUGGAGAACUAAUUCGUCCUCGGGUUGAUGCUACCAAGAAAGGUGGGAUUGCAAGAUUUAUUAACCACUCUUGUCAGGUACUUCCCAACUGCUAUACCAAGGUUAUAUCUGUGGAGGGUCAAAAGAAGAUUUUCAUAUAUGCAAAACGACAUAUAACUGCUGGUGAAGAAAUUACAUACAAUUAUAAGUUCCCCUUGGAGGAGAAAAAGAUUCCCUGUAACUGUGGUUCCAGAAAGUGCCGUGGAUCAUUAAAUUAG